AUUUCGGUUUGGUUCGGUUUUUCGGGUUUUAAGAAGCCCAAAACCGAAUCCAAACCGAAAAACCGAAUUGGCAAUUUUUCCAAACCGAAUUAAAAAAAAUCCAAUCCGAAUUGUUAAUUCAGUUUGGUUGGUUCGGUUUGCGGUUUUUAUCCGUAUUACUUUCACCCAUACUGGUUAGUAAAGGAGUUUAAGAACGAACACAUGCUUUAGUUUUGCACCAAAUCAGAAAUCUGUAGUACGAUGAACUUAUGAUUAUAUUCAUGACAGUUGUGCUUACGACAUGUGAUUACCAAUUUCUACUAAAGAACAUAAUCAUCAGACCCACUACACUAGAGUAGGUGUUUUUAUAUAAAUAUCCCAAUUACAGGAACAUACUCUUGAAAAUAAGAAGGGCCAGUUUUUAUUAUGCAUGAAUCUAAUGAACAGACUAAUGAGGAUUAUACUUUCCAUGUAUGGUAGUUUAAGAGAGUGUGUUUGUUUAUAAAAUUGCUCUUACCACAUGCUUUACCAGGAAGUUUGUCCUACAAUACUUGGCUGUCAAUGUAGUAUGGCCAAUUAAUAUUUUAUAUACUUUUGGUCUUUUGGAUGAGACGUAGUAUGGCCAAAUAUUACCCAUUAAGUAUAGCCAAGGAAAAUGAGCAGUUAGCAGCCUAGCAGAACAUAUUAAAUAUAGAAAAUUGAGAUCAAAGAGUUAACUAAAUAUUAGAUCAACUGCUAAGAUUAUGAAGUCACUUGAUGUUGAAAGAAUCCAGGGAUAAGCUUUUUCGCAAAAAAAAUCCCCUCAUUUAAAGAAAUAAAGAUGAGAGUUGAAUAUUAGCUGCCGGCUUCGUUUACUCCAGCAGAAGAACAUUUCAUAUAUUUACAUUUUUUGCUCAUUUAAAAAUUUCUGCAUUGUUUUUUUCUAUUAUAUGGUAACCACAUGAUGAUCCACAUGAAGGUGGCUGCCGUAUUGCUUAAGCUAUAGCAAAUGCGUCUAUUAUCUGUCAGUUGGCCACUUUUUAAAAGGACUAUGUUCAGUGUACCUUGAUAAAGCUUCCUUGCAGCUAGUCGAGUUGCCUUACAUGAUGGGGUUCAUGUUGUCAAUUUCUAAGUAUAAGUUGAUGGAUGUGAAACGAUUUCCCUGAUUGGUGAUGGAUUUGAAAUCCCCACUUUUUUGUUGGCUGAAAUUGAUGUCCAUGUAAGAUCUUUUAUAUUUUGCAGGCAUUAAGUUGAUGACACUUAAAUUUUUUUAAUCCUGUAGAAAUAUGCGUCUAAUCAUCUGAGCAUUUUCCUAAUUCAUUCAACUUAUAUCUCCUCACAAACCACCUGUCCACCUCCAUCUCCUUUCCUUGCUGAUGCAAAAAACAGUGGAAAAAAGCUGGAAAUUGAAAGGGGAUGUAGAAUGAUUGCCUUUAUUGGUGUUGGAUACAUCAAACUUAUGUAUCUCUGUGAACAAGAUGUCUGAACAGUUCAACCAAGAGAUAUCAUUAACUGGUAAAAUACCCUCUGGCCUCUUCAAUUCUAUGUUUGACUUUUCGGGAUGUUGGCAAAAGGAUGCAGCCUACACAAAAACAUUGGCUUUUGAUGGGGUUUUCAUUACCCUGUAUACUGUUGCUUUAGAGAAAAGUCAGCUAGUAUUGUGUGACCAUGUAAAACAAGCUGUCCCCUCAUCAUGGGAGCCUGCUGCACUGGCUAGGUUCAUUGAAAUGUUUGGGACACACAUUAUUGUUGGAGUAAAGAUGGGAGGAAAGGAUGUUGUAUGCGUAAAGCAACAGCAUUCAUCACACCUUCAACCUGCUGAAGUGCAAAAAAAGUUAAAGGAGAUAGCUGACAAAAGGUUUUUAGAUGCAAAUGGGCAGUACGACAUGAAUUCUGGUCAUAUUUUUCAGGAUGGAAAGUUUGAUGUUCGGGAACAACGUCUGAGAUUUGCUGAUAUGAGUCCUUCUUGUUCAUAUUCACACAAGGAGGACAUUACUACCAUCUGUAAGAGGAGAGGAGGAAAUGAUAACAGGAAUAUUCCUCAUCAUGAGUGGUUACAAACUGUACAAUCUGAGCCAGAUGUAAUUUCCAUGUCCUUUAUCCCGAUCACAUCUCUAUUGAAUGGUGUCCCUGGGAGUGGGUUCUUAAGCCAUGCAAUAAAUCUUUACUUACGCUACAAACCACCGCUUGAAGAGCUUCAUCAGUUUCUGGAAUUUCAACUACCAAGAACAUGGGCACCUGUGUUCAGUGAGCUUCCCUUGGGCCCUCAACGCCGGCAACAAAACUAUGCCUCUUUACAGUUCAGUUUCAUGGGCCCAAAGCUUUAUGUGAAUACCACACCGGUUGAUGUAGGUAAGAGGCCUGUGACUGGCCUACGACUUUAUCUUGAAGGUAGGAAAAGCAAUCGUGUGGCCAUCCACCUGCAGCAUUUGUCAUCUCUUCCUAAGAUUUUUCAAUUGAAGGAUGAUUCUACCGGAAAUUUUUUGCAAGAACAAUAUGACCGGAGAUUUUAUGAGAAAGUUGGAUGGAAAAAUUUUUCUCAUGUAUGCACAGCACCGGUUGAGUCCGAUGAAGAUCUUCCAAUUGUAACUGGAGCCCAGCUGCAAGUUGGUGAUUAUGGUUUCAAAAAGGUACUCUUUCUUAGACUCCGUUUCUCCACUGUUCUGGGAGCCACACCGGUAAAAAACUCAGAGUGGGAUGGAUCACCAGGUUUGGGCCGCAAGUCAGGGCUCAUAUCAACCUUAAUUAGCCAACACUUCACGACUGUGGCAAAACCGCUGCCACAGCCAGCUGAUGUGAAUAUCAAUUCUGCUGUUUAUCCUGGUGGUCCUCCUGUUCCAGUUCAAGCACCCAAGCUUCUGAGAUUUGUUGACACCACAGAGAUGACAAGAGGUCCACAAGACACUCCAGGCUAUUGGGUUGUUUCUGGUGCAAAACUUGUCGUUGAAAAGGGUAAAAUCUCACUUCGCGUGAAAUACUCUUUACUUACUCCUAUUUUACCUGACGAGGAUUAGUCGGAAUAACUGCAUAGUAGUCUCCUUACUGGAAAUUGGGUGAAAAUCUCUGGGUUAAUCAUUUGAAGGAAAAUUUGUUGUGGAGUAAAUGAGGUGGAGUUUUCACGAUUGCUUGUGUAAUUUUUUUUGGAUGCAAAUCACCGUGCAACAGAAUGUGAAAGGUGGUGGGCAUUAUCGGCAAUUUUUAUGGUGAUUGAUCCGUGAACUUUUGGUUAUAUCCUUUUCACUUCACCCAACCAAAAAAAAAAAUUAAAUAAAAAAUUGUAAUUGUAAUGUAAUUUGUUAAUCUUCAUUUAUAAAAAGGAUAAAAGAGGCCGGGUAUUUGCAAUUGAAGUGCUUGUGUGUAUGCUUGACUCUGUUAACUAUCUUAACUAAGGCUGUCUUUGGUCCAAACUAAAAUCAGACUGGAAAUUGAUAAUUUAAGACUUAGAGAUCAGACUGAACAUUGGACCUGAAUCUUGUUGAAUUGUGUGAACCCUUAUAAAAACCUAUAUUGAACUUAUAGGUUAUUCUCUC